GAACGCACGGGCAUGACACAGGAAGAGGCGGAAGCAUUUGUCAGCAGUCUCAGGGGAGCGUUCACCGACCUCGAGAACCUGCUGGUGCCAACUGUGGCAGCGGUUGAGGGAGCAGCACUGGGGGGGGGACUGGAAAUGCUUCUAGCUUGUGACAUUCGAGUGGCAGGCUUCAAUGCCAAAUUCGGCCUUCCAGAGACUUCACUUGCCAUCAUUCCCGGGGCGGGUGGCACGCAGCGGUUACCGCGCCUCAUUGGGGCAUCUCGGGCCAAGGAGCUCAUUUUCACGGCUCGGGUUGUGCGCGCUGAUGAGGCACUGUCACUGGCCAAGGAGCUCAAAUUCACGGCUCCGAUUGUGCGUGCUGACGAGGCUCUCUCCUUUGGUGAGAGGGAGGGGCGAGUGGGGAGAGUGAGUGGGGAGGAUAUUGACUGUGGUGUAACUAGUGUCGCCUUGAGGUUGUAUGAAAGCAAGGGGCUUUCAGAGCAUCUCGAGCCAAGGAGUGGGUAUUCACGGCCUGGGUUGUGUGUGCAGACGAGGCACUCUCUCUCGGUGAGAGGGGUGGGCGAAUGGGAAGGGCAAGUAGGUUGGGUGAGAAUUAAGGGCGAGUGUCGAGGGUGA